AGCCAAGUCGCGGAGGCGGCGGCUCUAACAUUAAGCGGCUAUUGGCUGGCUUCCUCUGAGGGGCGGUAAGAGUGGUAGCUGGUUGGUCGGCAUUCUGUGGAGGAUUCAGUUUGGAUGUAGCAGUCGGUCGGAGGAGGAUUACAUUUAUCUGUGCCUGGUGAGGUAUUCUGGUUGGUGCCAUAGAAGUUUAAUCCAUUUGAAUGCACUAAAGAGAUCAGAUCGCAAGUUUUCUUUAAACUACACUCUGUUUAGACAAGGAAUGUCAACAGCGGUCUUGGUUACAUUUGUAAGGCAUGGAGGGUCACAGGUAAGAAGAGGAGCCUUGCUGAAGUCCCGCAUAAUAUCGGCCUGCCACUGCUCCAGUGUCAGCCGCAGAUCAUUCUCAUCGCGCUUUGACCCCGACAGUAGUGGGCGUCCUGCCACCUGGGACUCGUUUGGCAUUUGGGACAAUCGUAUCGAUGAACCUAUUCAGCUUCCACCCAGCAUUAAGUAUGGCAAGCUCAUUCCGCACAUUAAUUUAUCCAAGGUUGGCUGUUCUACACAGCUAGGGAAGAGGAAGGAAAACGAGGACCAGUUCGACUAUGCCAAAUUAACUGAUAAUGUCUUGUAUUUUGCUGUGUAUGAUGGACAUGGAGGGGCUGGAGCAGCAGAUUUUUGUAACAGAUUCAUGACACAGUACAUCAAGGAGUUCCUCAAACAGGAAGAAGAUAUGGAAAAGGUGCUGACAAAAGCUUUUCUAGCAAUAGAUAAAGCAUUUGAAAGACAGGCUCAUCAAUCUGUUGAUGCAACUCUCUUGAGCUGUGGGACCACUGCAACAGUGGCUUUAUUGCGUGAUGGCAUUGAGCUGGUUGUGGCCAGUGUUGGUGAUAGCCGAGCAUUGUUGUGUCGGAAGGGAAAACCACUGAAGCUCACAAUUGAUCACACACCUGAAAGGAAGGAGGAAAAACAAAGGAUUCGAGAGUGUGGUGGUUUUGUUGCUUGGAAUAGCUUGGGUCAACCCCAUGUAAAUGGAAGACUUGCAAUGACUAGAAGCAUUGGAGAUUUGGAUCUCAAGUCAACGGGAGUAAUAGCAGAGCCUGAAACGAAAAGAGUGAAGCUGCAUCAUGCCGAUGAUGGCUUUUUAGUAUUAACUACGGAUGGCAUUAACUUUAUUGUUAACAGCCAAGAGAUCUGUGACAUAAUCAAUCAAUGCCAUGAUCCUGCCGAAGCAGCACAAGUCCUUACUGAACAGGCUAUCCAGUAUGGGGCAGACGACAACAGCACAGCCAUCGUUGUCCCCUUUGGGGCCUGGGGAAAGCACAAGAACUCUGAAGUCAGUUUUUCGUUCAGUCGUGGCUUUGCAUCAAGUGGAAGAUGGGCGUAAUCCAAAUGUCAAUCAACAUUCACUCUAUAUCAAGCAGUCUUUUCUUCAUGAGCCAGCCUUUCUAGUUUACUAGCACAGGGGCAUGGAUGCUUUCUAUUUUGAACUAGAAGAAGGCUAGGCAAUACAAUGCUACACAUAAUUACACUAAUGUACAGAAUAGGUAAUCUGAUUGCUGAACGCUAGUCUGCGCUCGACAAAUUUGAAAGGGAAUAUAACUCCGCAUUGUUCACAAAUUAUGGCCUUCAGGGCUAAAUUACACUAUAAUACAAUUGGCCACUUGCAUUGCAGGAAGGUACAUUGCCAUGGGCUGCACUGCAUACAUGUUCCAUGAGCUGCACUGCAUUUGGUAAGGAUACCAUUCAACUGACUUGAAUGGGAUUACAUAAGGCUGCUCAUACAAAUCUCAAUAUGCCACACCACUUUUUGCAUUUAUCUAGUGUGUUUUGCCUAUGUUGCAAAAAUGCAGGAUAAUCUGGUGGGAUGUGUGAGCAAGCCCUUAUGCUGGUUAUGCACACAUGAUGAUUUUCUGGCACUUUCAACCAUUUUAAACUAGUUUUUGAUUUACAGAAUUAACCAAAUGGGAACGACAACCUACCACUAAAGUUUUUGGUAAUUUCUUAGUAUCGGCAAAAACUAGUAGAUUGUCUGUAUUUAGUUGUCUUGAGUGGCUGAAAUGGCUUAAAAUGGUGUGUAUAGCCAGCAUUGGUGUCAUGAACAAUGUAAGGGGGCACUUUAUUGCUCAUUUUGCACUGCAUUACUGAACACUUUAUGCUGGCUAUUUGUCUGUUACACUCUGAAUUUGUGGUGUUAGUAUUAUUUAUAACUUGGGGCUCAUUGGGCUCCAUUACACCACUUUUAACUCUUUUGUACUUUAUGAAGGUUGGUAUUGGGCAUUUUUGCAUCCCUUUAAAUGCCCAUUUGUUUCUAAAAUGUGAACAUGAGUUGGACAGACAGGUUUUUCUUUUUAUUUAUUUUUUUUAGUUUGCAUUUCUUUGCCAUUUUAAUGUAAUCUAAGUAUUUCUAAUUUGUAUAUUGUGAGAAGAACCAGCUGUGUGUUGACAAUUUAUGGUUGUGUUCAACUGUCCCAAGACCAAAAUCAGGUUUUGGUACCAUGUGGUAUUCUUUUUGCAAAGGUUCCUUCGGUGUUGAUUUGCGUGAACUCUUCAGAAUGUGUGUUGGCUGACUACAUUUAGAGCUGCUAAAAUCUGUUUUCCAACCUGUGGUAUGUGCCCCAUUUAUUGGCUGGCAGAUACUUGCAGGUUUACAGGAGUGCUUUACAUAGCUAAAUGACUGUCAACAGUUUAUUCAGGGGUACCUGAUAAAUGUUGUGGUUAUGAUACAGAAAUACAUAGUGAAAGGGUCCUUUCGCACUGCCUGUCGGUUUUUCAGGCAGACCUUGCAGUCUCCCCAUAUGGAGCGGUGGAUGUCAGCGGACACCUGUCCAUUGACAUCCACCGCUAUUUAAUCAGAUCGUGUCUGCAAAAUCCAGACGCAUGGUGGUCCUAUUUUCCAUCUGUCUGGUGGAUGGGAUGAAAACAGACAAGGCAGUCUCUUUCCCUAUAGAGGAGAGCGUGACUGUCUGCUCUCCACAGCGGAGUGGACAGGACUUGUCACCUGCCUGCUCAGUGAGGGGGGGAGAUCACAGAUUUUCCCCCUGCUGAGCAAGCAGAAUCCAUUCCACGGAGGCGCCCUUGUGAAAGGGGCCAAACGCUGCACAAUUGUGCUUAAUGCAUUGAUCCCCAACUAAUGGCUGAGAGCUUGCCAUGAUGCUUGUGACAGUCAUUCAACUUGAAAUUAUGAAUGGAGGGUUAUGGAAGCAACUCUUCAUUGAUUAUUUGGUAGGGGUUACAAAGUGUACCUGUACUUUGCACAACUAGGAAAUAUUCCCCUUAUUGAAGUCUCUUACAUUUGCCUUUUUUGACUGCUGGGAGUAAAGGGAAAUAUCCAGUACUUUGGCACAGAACAAGAUUACUCAUUCCCCUUUUUCCCAAAGUGCAGAAUGGGGUUCCAAUCACCAGGCAUGGAGUCGUUGGCCCAUUUUUAGCUCCCAAGUCAAAUGACCUGAAGCUCACAUUUUUGGUUUUUCUUUUUGAUUUGCAGUUUCAUGUAAUUACAAUCUGAGGAAAAACAUUGUUUCUUCAUUGGUCAUAACAGCAGAAGGCAACAAAGGUCUGUCUACUUAUCGCGUACAUUGUGCAUGGAUGUGGCUCAUCUGCCAAAAAGGUUAGGGAUCCCUGGUCUGGAACCUAUAAAGCUGAAGCUAGCAAAACUGCAAUUGGCUCUACUGUUUUUACCUUAGUGCUACAUGACACAUGCAUGGGAACAAAUUGCCCUUUACUGCAUGCAUUCCAGAUGUUUAAUUCUAGACAUUGGAGGAGCUCAUAAAGUAGUACAGUCUGGUUCUUGAACGUACUGCAUAUAGCAUUGUUCAUCUUUACAAAAUAACCGGUUUAUGUGCAGUUUAAUAUGCUUUUGCGGUCAUAGCAUAUUGUGUAUAUAAUUUUGUGUAUAUUUGUGUAAAUAUUUGUUUUUGUAAUUAAUAAACAAUUCUGGAACUUG